AUGCGCCCCUCGCUGCCCAAAUCCGCUCCGUCUUCCUCCGUCUCGCGCAUGAACUACGCCUACGUGGACGUGCCUCCAUCUCCUUACAAGACGACGCGCCAGAGCCUGGGCGACGCUUCUUUGUCAAGCAGUAAGGAGAACACGCCUUUGCGGCCCAGCCGCCGCAGCGAUGCUAUCAGCACUGAGAGCGAACAAGUUUCUACCACAGCGCAAGGAAACGGAAGCUAUCCGACGCGUCUGGGAAGAUUUCAGAACAUCCGACGCGUGCUGAGCACGACAUUAAGAAGCCGCGGCUGUCGGGAUCUUCUGCUCCCAGAGCUGAUGAAGGGCACCAAGUCGCGCGCAGUGUCAAGGCAUCUGCAGCUGUGGAUGAACCUGUCAUCUACUGUCAUCAGUGCAACCAGAAACGUGUCUUGUCAGACGGCAUUCAAUGUACAAAAAGUCUUCAUCCUCCCAUACAAUGAAGACAUGGACGAGAUCAAGGCACGCGGUGUACCCACACUCUCGAAGAAGGACCGUGAAAAACAUAUUCUGAAGGAUGGUUAUUACUAUGAGGAUAUCUGCAACUGCAGAAUGUGCCGGAAGGCAAAAGGCCUCGAACCGACAGGUAAAUUCUUCCCCGACCAAGCUGUACAACCAAAGCGGCCUGCGCCUACUAAGGCAGACGGUGCGACGACCGUACCCGCCAAGGCGACGGCGAAGGGCUCCACAGGCACGUCUGCUUCGCGUCCCAAAGCAAAGGACAUGAAGAAGAGUGUUGCUUCUUCUGUCCCUGCGGAGUCAAAAAAGAAAGCGACAAAGACCACGCAGGUCGCCCAGAAGGAUGGCGUACCCGCACGGAAACCUCAGACCGCCCUCGACCUGCCUGCGGCAGAAGCACGUAUCUACAUCCGCGAAUUCGUGCAACGGUUCUCCCCCGUCCUUAACAUCGCCAAGACUCACCUCGACGAGCUAGAAGAGGUCACGGGCACUACAGGGGAGCAUGGCGCCCGUGUCGGCGAUACCGAAGACGAAGUCGAGGGAUGGCGCAGACAACGACGCGAUCGCAGAGUGGUCAAAGGGCCGAUCGGCGACGUCCGCGCGUCUGGUGCGAAUCUGAACAAGAUCUGGCUGGCCCUCGCGGCGCUGCGCGACGGGCUGCGAAAGGUCCCGUCUUCCCCAUUCCAGUACCCGGACCCCUCCCUCCACCCGCUAACGUCGUCUAUCGUACCACGCGCGGCACGCACCAAACGGACAACGACGUCUACGUCGGCAACUCUGCCCAGCUCGUCCCUGUCAUCGCGUCGCUCGUCGAGAGAAGACCCUCAACAAGACGUCCGCGAGGAGAUCAACAGGCAGAAGGCGCUGUAUGACGAGCUCAAGGCCAAGUCCAAGGAGAAGGGCCCGACCAAGGCCGAGCGGGAAGAGCACAAACAGGCGCUGCAGAACAUUGAGCACGCGCACCGCCUCGCGUCUUCGAGCCAUAUCCUCCGUUACGCGUCCCUGGGACAAGACCACGAGGGCAGGGUGUACUACCUCUUGACGCCUUCUGAGGCUGAGCGGGAGGCUGCGCUGCACCUCGUCGCUGGCAAGAACGCUAAAGUCAAGAUCAACCGCAGGAGAGGCGGCCUCACCGAGGAAGACCGGCAAGCGAUGCGCCGGUGGUCGUGGAUCGUCGCCGUAUGGGGCAGACUCCCCGAGGGUGCGGCGAAGAACGAAACUGAAGACUCCGAGGACGAGGACGACGGCAGCGAGGAACGCUGGUGGGGAUUCUACGACCCGCAGGAGAUCCAGAAGAUGGCCGAGUGGAUCGCGAUGAAGUGCGAGCUGGGCGACGUGAAGCCAAAGCGUCGUGGUCAGUCCGGUGAAGCAUCGAAAGCAGACGCGGACGGCGAUAUGCUCGAGCGGACCGCGUUCGGGAGUAGCCCGGCUACCUCCCGUGCGCCGUCGCCGAUGUCUGACCUUUCGUCGGACGAGGAUGAGGGUGAUGGCGACGAUGAAGAUGAUCUCAGUGCUUAUAUGCGCGUCGACUCCCAAGGUAGACCGGUGCCUACGAGGAAGCAGUUGCGGGAGCUGGUGAAUGGUCUGCGAGAGUAUGCAGACUUGCUGCAGUGGCGAAUUCGUCGCAUCAGCGGGGAACCCGCAGGAACGGCCGGAGAGAAGGCUGUCGCUGUUAAUGGCAGCAUCCCUGCUAAGAAGUUCUACCAAUAA